AUGGGCCGUUGGGGUGGAGCUUUUCGACACCCUGCACGGUUGAGGCCAUUCCAAACGGUUGCAUCCUGGAAGCCCCAAAAGCUAUCGAACAGGGCCAAGGGAAUCGUGACUGCUGCCGCGGUGGACUGCGACGCGAACCCGUCCCUCGCGCAAGAGUACGGCGUGCAGGGCAUUCCCACCAUUAAGGUGUUUGCGCUGCACCUCAAGACGCCCGCGGACUACGAGGGCCAGCUUGACACCAAGGCUAUCGUGGACUUCGCGCUCUCGCAGGUUUGGUAUGUGUGGGCGGAGGCAGGGGCACAGCCGGCUCUGGAGAAGGCUCUAGGCAUGGGCGGCUAUGGAUACCCGGCUCUCAUCGCCCUCAACGCCAAGAGGCAGCGGUUCAGCCCUUUCAAAAGCGCCUUCGAGCAGGAGCACCUGAGUGAGUUUGUGCGUCUGGCAGCCCGGGGUGGGCGGGGCAUAGAGCCCGUGGAGAGCAUUCUAGAGGCGGAGAGCAGGGAGCCAUGGGACGGCAAGGAUGGGCAGGUGGUGGAGGAGGAGUUUAGCCUGGAGGACCUUAUGGGAGAUGACUCACCGGCCGCUGCUGCUGCUGCUGCUGACGAGCUCUAA